AGCUUAAGCUCCUCAGCUGGAGGCAUCAUGAGCAGAAGCAAGCCUGAAAACAACUUCUACAGUGUUGAAAUUGGAGACUCUACUUUCAGUGUAUUAAAGCGAUACCAGAACUUGAAGCCGAUUGGCUCAGGUGCACAGGGGAUAGUAUGUGCAGCUUAUGAUGCUCUUCUUGAAAGAAAUGUUGCAAUCAAGAAACUCAGUCGACCGUUUCAGAAUCAAACACAUGCUAAAAGAGCCUAUCGAGAACUGGUCCUCAUGAAGUGUGUCAACCACAAAAAUAUAAUUGGCCUGUUAAACGUGUUCACCCCACAGAAAUCACUGGAAGAAUUCCAAGAUGUUUACAUCGUGAUGGAGCUCAUGGACGCCAAUCUCUGCCAAGUGAUCCAGAUGGAGCUUGACCACGAACGAAUGUCCUACCUGCUGUACCAGAUGCUGUGUGGCAUCAAGCACCUUCACUCGGCUGGAAUCAUACACAGGGAUUUAAAACCUAGCAAUAUUGUAGUGAAAGCUGACUGCACGCUGAAGAUCCUAGAUUUUGGGCUGGCCAGAACAGCUGGGACCAGCUUUAUGAUGACACCUUACGUCGUGACGCGCUACUACAGAGCACCCGAAGUCAUUCUUGGAAUGGGGUACAAAGAAAACGUUGACAUUUGGUCAGUGGGGUGCAUCAUGGGAGAAAUGAUCAAAGGUGGUGUUUUAUUUCCUGGCACAGAUCAUAUCGAUCAGUGGAAUAAAGUUAUUGAACAACUAGGGACACCCUGUCCUGAAUUUAUGAAGAAGCUGCAACCAACAGUGAGGACAUAUGUGGAGAAUAGGCCUAAAUAUGCUGGCUAUAGUUUUGAAAAACUCUUUCCAGAUGUUCUCUUUCCAGUUGAUUCUGACCACAAUAAACUGAAAGCUAGCCAGGCAAGAGAUUUGUUGUCCAAAAUGCUGGUGAUUGAUGCCUCAAGAAGAAUUUCAGUGGAUGAAGCUCUGCAGCACCCCUACAUUAACGUCUGGUAUGAUCCCUCGGAAGCUGAAGCCCCUCCUCCAAAGAUACCAGACAAGCAAUUAGAUGAAAGAGAGCACACAAUAGAAGAAUGGAAAGAACUGAUUUACAAAGAAGUUGUGGAUCUGGAGGAGAGGACCAAGAACGGAGUCAUACGUGGGCAGCCGCCUCCUUUAGGUGUAGCCACGGUCAGCGGCCCUCGGCCUCCAUCUUCAUCCCCAUCAGUCUGUGAUGCAUCUUCACUGUCCACUGACCGGACUCUGGCCUCCAACACCGACAGCAGCCUGGAAGCCCCAGCGAGCCCCUUAAGUUGCUGUAGAUGACGACGAGUGGACGUAGGAGAGGAACGGCUAGCCACAAGAAUCAGUGGUAUUAUUUCGGGGUGUUUUUAAAAGUAAUUGUGGGAUUAAUUUUCAGAGUGCUAAUUUUAAAGUAAAAUAGUAAAUCACGAUGCUAUUCUGUAAUUAACUGUACAGUAUGGAACUUAAUUUUUAUUGUUUUAAAAUUGCAUGCUUUACUACUGUGAUUUUUGACUUUAUUUUUUCAGGAUGCAUUUAUAAGAUAGGUUUAUUAAAUGUAAUAUUGCUAUUCAGUUUGCUAUAUCACAACCUCUUUCGAGGUCUUUUAGAUUUGUUUUUUCAGAGAAUCUGUAUCAGCAGAGGCAUUUUUCAGCUCCAAAACUUAAUCUUUUAUUUCCAAUUGUAGUUACUUAUGGGAUAUCUAAUUAUAGGCUAUACAAUAAUGCCCGGAUAAGGUCUUUGAACAAAAAUGUUUCUGUAAGUGUUUAUCCAGGGAACGCUGUCACGCCGUCUAUCCAUUUGCCCAAAGGGAGGAUACGGGAGGGAGGGGGCACGCCCGCGGUUCCAGAGGUGAGGCGGCUGAACGCUCUUGGCAAACCUCGAAGUUGCCAUCGGCCUGGCUCACCUCCCUUGCACAAGGCCUUUAAAAUAAUCCCCCGUUUGCACCUGGAGCGUGUUCGCUUCUCCAUUCAUUUGUUGCAUUCAGAUUAGUACCAAUUCUAGAAACAAAAAUGCUUUUUCCCCCUCCUCUUUGACGGUUUUCUUCUCAACCUGUAGCUGAUACUUCUGGAUCUGUGGUAUAAGUAUUAUAUAGGUGUACUGUGUACGCUCCAGGGGGGGGUCAGCCUGUGCAACCUUUUGUGACACUGGGUAUUAGAACAACCCAACAGAAAUCACAAAAGACAUGAGGACUGCACUGAGAUCAUGUUUUGGUUAAUUUCCUUCCAAGAAAAAAAAAGUGUAGAAAUGCUGAAUAUAAUUGAAAAUGGUUUUGCUUUCUGCUGAAAUGAGUUUCAAUACAUAUCUUUGAAUAUGUAUUUCAUUUUAUUCCUCAGAUUCAAAUUCUGAGUUCAUUGUGAAUUUAAAAUAGUGAAUUUAAAAAAUGCAGAGUUUUAAGAAUUAAGCUUGUACUAUCUGCACUGUGUAGAUAGAAGUCAUUUCUGUUUGUUUUUAUUUAUUAAA